UCUGGGCAACCAGCAGGCUCUGCUGCAUCCGCUUGCUCUGCUUCCUCUGCUUCUUCAACGCAGAGCAGCCCUCCUGCUCCUGCUUCAUCCACCUCGUCGUCGCCAUCUGCUCGCGGCCAUCGUCUCUCAUUCCUACCUCUUCCGUCCCCAGGAGGUGCCUUCGGUCUUUAUCCCACCAAGGGAAGCACGCAGAGCCUCUUCCCUCCCCCGGUCUCGUUCGCUCGCUAUCCCGCAGCUGUCGCUGAAGAAGUGCACUCUGUACGAGGAUAUCUCCCGCCAUCCAUGGAAUAUUGCCAUACCAGCAGCUGUUGAGAUCUUCAUUUGGUCGUCUUGCAUGCUUAUCGUCACCCAAGAUCGCAGCCCUUAUACCCCCGUUCCCUACAGUCACACAUCUUCUAGAGCAACAGUAUCGCUUACAGCCGCUGGACCCGUCAUCAAUUGGGCCCGGACAUAAGUAAUCAAGACGCCAGCAUGGAGUUCUCGUCGCCUCUGGCGGCCAUGCAGCCCCCGCCUCGACCCUUCGGAUUUGGACGAGAUAUCACAAAUGUGCCGCGUCCACGCCAUAACCCUUUUGGAAAGCCCAACUUCAACUUUCGUGACUUGAGCAUGAAAAAACACUCCUCCGACUACUUCACGCUGAAAACCGGUGUUCGAGGGUCCUCUCCGACGGCAAGUUUGGCGGCAGAUCUGUCUCAGAACUUCCACAUUGAUCAAAGCCCGCAGUUGCCCACACCGCGCAGGUCUUUAUUUACCUCUGGUCUAUUUACUGCCGAAAUCAAUCGAGAAGGUGCAACGACUCCACCAAUCAAGCCAUCAUGGGAAGGUGUUACCACACCGCCGAUACCCUCCUCCUCUCCUGGUUACGCAGGGGACUCGAUGGACAUUUCUCCCCUGCCACACAAACCACCUUUCUCCUUCAUUCAAGAUAUACAAGUGCAAUCUCCAACUCCAGAGCCAAGCCCAGACGAAGACAUGAUAUCCUCAUGCGAAGUCACGGCAUCCAAUUUUCUACAGGCUCCACCUGUUCGACCUCUGGAACGGAAGCGAUCGGCUUAUCUAAGGCCUGCAUUUGCACGGAGUAGACCUGCGUCGACGACGAACGUGCCAAAUAACAAACCACAGGAACAGCUGCCGCCGUUUAAAUUUGGUGCAGGUGGCAACGGCUUGACCACGAGCAUCUCCACAUCAUCGUUGGACGAGUGCUUCAAAGCAUCUCCACCCCAAGAGAAAAACCCCUUUGACAGCUCGAUCGACUGCCCUCCGCGGCCUCGCCAUCUCUUCGCAGGCGCGAGCAUAUUAGCUCGAGGCAAUGGGUCGCCAAUUAAUAUCCAAGUCAAGCGUUCAGUGACCUCGAUGCCUCGGCCUAGGAAGCAGUUUCGCAGAUCCUUGAGCAUGUUUGAGCAUCCAGAGGACGUGAUGAAGCAAGAGAAACAGUACGUGCCGAGUGGGCUUCAAUCCAUCAUGGACGUAGACGAGGUCCCUUGCUUGAAGCUACCACAUUUCAUCCCGGAUGGUGACAGACCUGAGCACGGUAGUCUACCGCGUAUCACCCAUGAUACGAUGAUCAAUGUCCUGGACGGAAAGUACAACGACCAGUUCGAGAAGACGCUGAUUGUUGAUUGUCGAUUUGAGUACGAGUAUGAUGGCGGCCAUAUUCAAGGGGCGUUAAAUUACAACGACAAGGAGAAGUUGGCAAAGGAUCUGUUCACAAACGUCCAGCCAAACACUCUAGUGAUAUUCCAUUGCGAAUACUCGAAUCAUCGUGCUCCAUUGAUGGCUUCAUUUAUACGUAAGCAAGACCGUGCUGUCAACGCAUCCCAGUAUCCUAAGCUGUCAUACCCUGAGGUUUACAUCCUCGACGGUGGUUACAGCGCCUUCUUCUCAAACCACAGGUCACGCUGUUAUCCACAGAACUAUGUGCUCAUGGACGACGCAGCGCACGAAAGUGCUUGCGAGCGAGGACUAGGUCGACUGAAGGGUCGAGGGAAAUUGAGCAGAGCACAGACCUUCGCCUUUGGACAGAGCUGUCAGAUGGAGGACAGUCCAAGCCGGUCAGCAUCGGAUGCUUGCAUGAUGUUGGACGGUACGCCUGGGCGAAUGUUCGCUAGACGUAUGGCUUCCUAUUGACAUGCUUGUGGCUCAAUUUCUUUGCUUUCGAUGCUCCUGUCAAUGAAUUUAAGGUGACACUUAUCUCAUGGCAGAGCCACUCGAUCGCUCGUCCGUAUCCCGCAACCUCUUUCCUGGCCGCCAUCUGAGUCCGGCUUUCCCAUUGCGGCGUUCGAGCGAUAUUUUUCAGCUCUGAUCAAGCACUCGCGUUUUCGACAUUUAAGCAUCUUGGUGUUUUUCUCUCCUUCGGGAUCGUCCAGGGGCGUUUUACUUGGUUGUGCGAAUACCACCUUUGGCCAUUUGAGACCCCAAUUCACUGUUGCGGCCAAUUUUCUUCUUUCAAAGCAUCUCUGUCGUCUCCGACAUCAUAAGCGACGACUUGUUAUCCUUAAGUCUAUCGGUGGAGAAGCAACUCAGCUUCUCUCCACUUACACACUCUUUAUUUCAUUUCGCUUUAUCCAACUCACACGAGAAGAGAGGCUCGACAUCUCCUUGCAGUCGAUAGGUCGGCCCACACAAUGCGCGCUUUGCGCAAACAUCAUUUUCAAGACGCGGCAUAUAAGAACGACACGAAAACCAUGAAAAAAAAAUCAAUUACACGCACACACAGACACAAUCGGUCGACUACUACGGCAUCGUCAUCACGCGUGAUACUGUCAGCACUCUCGACAUUUGUGCUCCUUCGGCUUCCUGCUACAAGAACAUAUUUUUGCAUCUGCAUUGUCCGCGUUCUGCGUUCGCGAUUCUUGCGCUUCAUUAUGAACCUGUAAUUGGUUCUAUCUUUUUAUUUUCUUCAAAGGGUAUUGUACAUAAUGCUCUCACCCUUUUUGUUGCGAUGAAGUAAAGCGAGCAGGAGAAAGAGAGAUGCAAGGAUGCAGCGCGUAAUCUUAAUGUACGGUGUAAAGGACAGCAGUAGUGAGUUGCAGGUGUCUGGCUAAGAUGACCAAGCAAAGUUUGAUGAGUACGAUGAUGAAGUUCUGCUGGUUAAGAAGGGGAGCGAAGCAGUGGGAGAGAAAGAGUUCAAAUUGUGAAAUGUAUUUCUGAUGGGUUCUUUAUUCUCCUCUGCUAUCACCGACCUUCUUGUAUUCAGAGUGAUUAAAUGUGUGUCAAAUGCAAUGGUCUAAAACAUCAUGACUGGAUUUUCUGCUUCCGCUUUGCUGUUCGAUAAAGAGCUUGGAAUAACUGUAAGUGGCGCAAUUCGUAAUUCGCAACCACUUAGACUUCUCAAUCUUUGGCUGUGAAUCGCAUCCCAUGUACAAGCGAGGCACCACAUCAAAUGUGAAAUACUAGGGUUGCACUUACAGCCCAACAGGCCCGUUUUUGACCAUUUAUGCUUUCUUGAAUGUUGAUAUUGCCUCACGAUUAACACCGACCUAAU